AUGUGCCACUGGUAUCUGGGCGACUCAAACGAUGGUGGCAUCGCGCCCUUUCUCACCAAACUAAGCGGACGGGAUAUUCCAUGCUAUAGGACUGAGCCGGACUUCCAAAUUGAAGGUCCCCUAGGGGAGAGUGACCUUUUGCGAUACCAGAAGACAUCACUUACUCAACCAUCCUCCGCCCCUGACAGAGGGGAAAUGCUAAAUGUCUCUUGUCACUGUGGAGAGUGUCAACUUCUGAUCGCGCCACCGCCGUAUAAUGCCAGCAGUGAAGGAUGGUAUGUGCCUAAAAAGGACAGCAGCAAAUACUACGCCCGCCUCUGCUGUUGUCGCUCUUGCCGCCUGACCUUGGGCUUCGCGCUGCAACCGUGGGCGUACAUUCCUCCAUCACAGUUCUUUACUGUGAAGAACGAGCCGAUCGUCUUCGGGCCCAAGAUCAAAGAGACGGUCCAAGUCGUAAAACUCAAACAUUAUCAGUCCUCAGAGUUUGUGAUACGGAGUUUCUGCUCCGUUUGCGGGGCAACGAUGUUCUACCAGAGUUUUGAGAGGCCUUAUAUCAUUGAUUUGAGCGUGGGUGUUUUGAGGUCGAAUAUUGGCAAUGCGAUGGCGGGGGAGUGGCUUGAUUGGGACAGAGAGAUUGUCAGUAAAAGACCCGAGGCUGUGGACGAAGAAUUAGUAGACGCUUGGAUGGAAAAGUAA